UCAAAUUCGCAUCCGGACGUCCAUUGACACUCUCAGAUUUGACGACGACGAUGAUGACAACGACGACGGCAGCCAGAUGAACCGAAUCCUCGCAACGCAAACGUGCGUCUCGCCGCUCGCGUUGCUGUCAGUUGUUGUCGCAAUGGCCGCAUUCACGUAUCCACGUCAUCUAACCGAUGCUGAUCAAGCGGUGACCACUCUGAAACUAACGCCAAUCUCGAAUCUCGAUUUUAUUAAUCGCGCGUGGUCUGAUUUAGCUCACAUAUUAGCACUAGGACCACUAGAGCGACGCUUCUAUGAUAUGAAUAAAGAUGAGGCCAGCUGCGGAAUAUGCAAGAUUCACAACUCACCAAUGACAUCCAUACCAUCUAUACCCAAAUCUAGAAAAUCUAUUCACAGCCCACCAAUGACAUCCACAUCAUCUAAACCCAAAUCUAGAAGCUCUCUAAAAUUAAAAGUGGAAAGAAACAUAUCAAGACAACAAAAUAUAUCAAAGUCAUUUGAAACUGAAGAAUUAUUUAAAGAUCAAAGUUAUGAAACUACACAAGUGACAGAAAGUUCUAGUGAGGAAGACGAAAAGACAUCUCUAUGUCGUUCUCAAAAUCGCUCUAGAACUAUCUCUCCAGAAAGAAAUGUUCGUUCACAAAAAAUAAAGCAAGAAGAUGAAAGAGAUACUACAAAGAAUAAACAGAAUAUAAGCAGUCUUUGCUUUAUCUUUAUUUUAAUAGUAUUAGGAAUAAUAGUUUUCGAAUUACUUUUAAAUAAUAAUAAAAGAGAGUCUACAAUUAAUAAUCCUUUACUGUUAACUAAAUCAGUUCAAAACCUUAAAGCAUCAUUUUCUAAUCAAGAAUUAGAUAUCUGGAAUGAUAUUUUAUCUGCUAUAAACGAAGUAAUAUCAAGAACUCCCAAAUUACCUUCAGUAAUUCUGCUGUUUGCAAAGGAAACAACUACAAUGAAUUGUUUAGCUACUAAAUUAGCAGAUAUGAGCAGUGAUAUUUUGAAUGCAGAUAAUUAUCUGAUAUUUAAUCCAAAAGAUUUCGGAAAUGAUGCUGGUGAUAUCAUUACUACAUUAAACGAACAUUCUCUGGAGAAAAAGAAAGUUGUGAUUAUUCAUGACAUAUUGAAUAUUAAUGCAGAAGCAAUAAAGGCAUUACAUAAUUUAUGCGAUAGAACAAAUCCUUUAGUAGCAGAAGCUAUUUACAUUCUUACUAUGCAAACUAACAGUUCUUUGUCACAACAGAAGAAGUUAAACUUUGUAGAAAAUCAGAUUUAUAACCGACUAUCAAAGAGUAUCGAUCAGGAUAUUUUGUCAGCACUUAUAACACGCAUCACAGAUGGGAUAAUUAUAUCGGUACAACCUGAACCACAAUUAAGAUAUUGCUAAUCUGAAUUGCAAGAAAAUAAGCAUAUACAAAAUAAGCAUAACAGCACAUUGAUAUAGUUAUGUAAAUUACAAAGUUAAAUAUGUUUUUUUAAAUAAUAAAAUUAUUAAUUCAAAGCUAGCGCCCUAUGUGCAGUUUGCUAUUCGAAGAGACUCAUUUAGAAAGGCAGAUUCAUCGAAUUUGUAAUUAUUAUUUGUUUAUUAUUUAUGUCGAGUCACUAAUAA